AUGCCACUGCCGCUUCGAGGUUUUAUUAUUAAUUUCGAGAGCACCACAACGACCAUUGACAGUCACGAAUUUAUUCUCGCUGGUGUUACUCGUGACGGAGCCAAAAAAGAAAAUGAAUCCACUGGACUUUGUGCAGACCGUCUAUGCUCAACUAACAAUCCGAAGGACAAGGAAGCAAAGCACGGAUAUGCAGGAGUUCGGGACCAAAAGGGGGCAAUGUUAUCAUUGCUCCAACGUGGGAUUCACCGAUCGGUUCCAAAUUCAACAUCGUUGGACGAUAAAAAGAUCUCUGGUAACGAUGAGGCCUGAAAACGCAAAAUGAGUGAAUUUGGAGCUUUCGAAACACGAUGGUCUGGAAUAUAUUUUUGUUGGCGACUUUUCGUACGCGGGGGAAAAAAAAGGAAUUCAAUGCAGAUCAGGAGAAACUGGAAAACAGGAAAAAUGAG